AGUAAUGUAACCGUUUAGGAUUCUGGAAUCAUUCCAACUUCACUGCAAGUCUCAACGGCGACGGGGAAGAAGAAGAAAUAAACGGUGAACGAAAGGGUUUCCAUUUCAUCAGAUCUGUGGAAGAGUGGUAGGUGAAUGAUCUACAAUGGCAUCAGACAGGGAAAUCUUUGAUUUAGCUGGACCACUCUAUCUAGCUAAUAAUGUUAACUGGAGCAACGGGGAUCAUCGAAGAUCAGUGGCUGCUUGUUUAGUUCAAGGAGUAUACAUCCUAGAACGUGACCGUCAAGAGAAUCGACAUGGCCUCGAAUCAUUCGCCCCUCCAUGGUGGGAAUUCUUCGGCUUCAAAUUACACAAUCUCCUCAUCGACAAUUCCGAUAACUGCAUUUUUGGCGCUAUCUACGAACACAAUCCCCAACCCGAUCCCAACAACCGUUCAAUAACAUUUGCCCAAACCCCGCGAUACGUAAUUGCAUUCCGAGGAACCCUAACAAAAGGAGACGCGUUCGUACGCGACCUCCAGCUCGACAUAGACAUCGUCAGGAACGGUCUUCACCGAUCCUCUCGAUUCGAGACCGCGAUUCAAGCUGUUCGCAACACCGUGGCUAAUUUCGGAAAACAAAACGUUUGGCUAACGGGUCAUUCGUUGGGAGCUGCGAUGGCAUUGCUAGCUGGUAAAACUAUGGCGAAAACGAAUAAUUCUUUGGAGGCUUUUCUGUUUAACCCGCCAUUCUUUUCGGCUCCUAUCGAGUUAAUCAAGGAUAAGAAAGUUAAGCAAGGGAUUCGAAUUGCGAGCAGUUUCUUAGCUGCAGGAUUCGCUGUCGCGUUGAAGAAUCGACGGGAUAAGCGUUUGGAAGGGGACUCGUUUGCGGCGUUUUCUGAUUGGGUACCGUCGUUGUUUGUUCAUCCUAGGGAUCAUAUUUGUUCGGAAUAUAUUGGGUAUUUCGAGCAUAGGAAGAAAAUGGAGGAGAUUGGAGCCGGAGCGAUUGAGCGUUUGGCUACACAGAAUUCAUUGGGAGGCCUGUUUAUGAGCGCGAUUGGGAAACAAUCGUCGGAAGAAGAUCCUUUGCAUUUGAUUCCUUCGGCUAAUUUGACGGUUAAUCUUGCACAGGCUAAUGAUAUCAAACAGGCACAUGGAAUUCAUCAAUGGUGGCAAUCUGAUCUGCAAUCGCAUUCUGAAGUUCAUCUCUACAGUUAGUUUGAGUUCAUUUGUGAGUAAUUUUAGUUCUUAUUACUCUUUGUUUGAACUGUUGAAAAACCCAUCAUUUAGCCACUUAUUUUUUUAAUGUUCUUUUUCUUCUUUGUGCAUAUAUUGUCAUGUUUUGAGAUGAAAAAUGGUUAUUCAAUUUCUAAAUUGAGUUUUCAA